ACAAAGACUAAAAUGGGUCACUCUCCGCGAGGAGCCGCAGAUGUUCGCUGAGCUCCCGGAGACAGAACCAGGCUCCGCGGCGACAUGUCGCCCGGACUCCCGCUGCUUUUAUCCGGAUUUAACGGCCCCACUGCGGCGGCGGAGACCCGGUCCCCCAGAAACCUCUAAACCAGCAGCAACCGGAUCAGCAUCACCAACAUGUUCUCUCGGGACGUUAGUCCGCCUGCUGACUGGGACUGAACCGGUCUGACUGGGACUGAACCGGUCUGACUGGGCUCCGGAUCCUCCGGGACACACCGACCCUCCGGGCUCCGCGAGGCCGGCGGAGGGCUGCUGGUCCCGGGCAGAGACACAAAGGUCUGAAGGUCUGGAGGAGUGGCGAGACUCCUGCUGGUGUCUAAAGUCUGACUGAGGUCUGGUUCUGGUCUGAUCAGGAUCAGAUAGUGAGGCUGUAAACCAGAUAAGGUCUCCGUGUCCCUGCAGGAGACAUAAAGUCCUGCUGUCCUCCGGACGUUGGACCCAGAACUCUCUGAGCGUCUGAUGGAGGACGCGUCUCUCCGUCGGCCCGGACGUUUUAUUUUGUAGUGCAGCUCUCUCUCUGUGACCUUUUCGCCGCCAUGACUCGUCCCUCGCCGCCGCCUCUCUCCGUGCUGCUGCUGCUGCUGCUGAUGACAUCACUUCCUGCGCUGGCGGUGGAGCCGGAGACGUGUUUCUCCCGGCAGCAUCAGAACGCCAUCGUCAACGUCCGGCAGGCGCUCAACAGGCCGACCACGGCGAUGGACGCCAGGGCGGUUCGCUCGGAGCGAGACUGUGUCCUCGCCUGCUGCUCAGAGGAGGUCAAAGCAGGCGCUCGCUGCAACAUGGCCGUGUUCAACGGCAACAAACACGGCGGAGAGGACAACUGCUUCCUGUUCCACUGCCAGACGGAGCAGGACUGUCCUCUGAUGAAGGCCCAGGACGGCAUCAACACCUACGACAUCUACAAAGGUUUGAUUCAUCCAACCACAGUGAGACCUCCAACCACCACCACCACCACCACCACCACAGAACCAACCACCACCACCACCACCACCACCACACCGGCCCCAACGACACCAACAACCACCAAACCCACCACCACACAGAGUACCACCACCACCACCACCACCAUUCCAACCACCACCACACAGCCUCCUGCCACCACAGCACCACCUCCACCCAUCAUCAUCAUUGCAACCAUGCUUCCAGUAACAGAAGCACCCACCACCACCACCACCACCCCCCCAACCCCAACCCCAACCACAUCCACCACAACAACCACAACCACAGCUCCCACCACCACCACCACCACUACAGCCGUGAAAAAGCCAAACAAAGCCAUUAAAAAGCAAAAUAAAGCAGCUAAGAAAGUGAAGCCCCAUCCUGUCGCCACCACCACCUUGGCCCCGCCCAGGCCACCAACCGACGCAUCACUUCCUGUUGAAGUGGAAGUAAAAGAGGUCAUACAAGGAACUCCUGCACUAAGAACUACUGCCAAACCACGGCCCAGACCCCCAACCACAACCACAACUACAACCACAACUACAACUACAACUCCCACCACCACCACCACCACCACUCCUCCAACCACCACCACCACCACUACUACUACUACUCCCCCUACUACAACUACAACUACCACAACCCCUACUACUACUACAACUACUACUACUACGACUACUACUAAACCUCCUACAACCACGUCAACGACCACCACCACCGAGUCAUCCACCGCCAGGACGACUCCAGCAGCGAGUCUGGUCAUCGUCCCCAAAGACGCCGCCCAGUCCGACCACGCCCUCCAGAACUCCAGCGUUGGCCGGGGGAAGGCUGCGGGGGCGGUGGCGGCGGCGGGGGGGGCCCGGGGGGCGGUGAAGAGCGGCGUGGUGGCGUUCAUGGUGCUGGGGCUCGCCGUGCUGACGCUGGCUCUGGCGGUCGGCGGACGCAAGGCGAUGGAGUCCUUCGACCGGCGCCAUUACACGAGACUGGAGCUCAACGACCUGCACUACGAGGUCUGAGGACUCGCCAAGCGGGGUUUGUUGGCGGACGCUCAGAAGGACAAAAAUCAAGACUUUUAAUGAGUUCUACCAGAUUGUUCAGCUGAUAUUUUAAUUUAAAAACAGCACAAAGUUUCACUAUCGUAGAAUGUCUGCUUCACUGAAGAGCCUGUGGAGAAUACUCGAUCCUGAUUGGCCAGAAGGUGUGCAUUAUUUUAUAUUAACCACACAGCUCCGGCAUCGUGUCUUUAGUUUAUUUACAUUUUUGUUUGCACUGAAAUACGAGUAAACAAGACUUUAAACUUUGGCUAGUGGCCGUGACAGAGGACAGAUAAUGCUCUCAGACGGUGCGAUUAUGAAAAAUAACGCACCAUGUGAAGACAAACCCGCUUUAAAAUCUGCACUUUUUUUUUUAUAACCACACAGCUUCUGCAUUGUGUUCUUACGUUGAUUGUUCUAAAAUAUGAGUAAAUAAGAGUUAAAUUUUUGGAAAGAGGUCCUGGUAUAAGACAGAUAAUGCACUCAGAUGGUGCGAUUAUGAAAAAUAACGCACUGUGUGAAGACAAACCCACUUUAAAAUCUGCUUAUUUCUUUAUUUUGAAUUAACCAAACAGGUCUGGCAUUGAGUUUAUUUCCAUUUAUUGUGUUUAAUGUCCUGAAAUAUGGCUUUGGCUAGUGGCCGUGACAGAGGACAGAUAAUGCACUCAGACGGUGCAGUUAUGAAAAAUAACGCACCAAGACAAACCUUCUUAAAAAUCUGCACUUUUUUUUUUUUUUUAAUUACCACGCAGCUUCUGCAUUGUGUUCUUACUUUGAUUGUCCUGAAAUAUGAGUAAAUAAGAGUUAAACUUUUGGAAAAAGGCCGUGGUAUAAGACGGAUAAUGCACUCAGACGGUGCGAUUAUGAAAAAUAACGCACCAUGUGAAGACAAACCCACUUUAAAAUCUGCUUAUUUCUUUAUUUUGAAUUAACCAAACAGGUCUGACAUUGAGUUUAUUUCCAUUUAUUGUGUUUAAUGUCCUGAAAUAUGAGUAAACAAGAAUUUAAUCUUUGGCUAGUGGCCGUGACAGAGGACAGAUAAUGCACUCAGACGGUGCAGUUAUGAAAAAUAACGCACCAAGACAAACACGCUUAAAAAUCUGCACUUUUUUUUUUUUUUUUUUUUAAUUACCACGCAGCUUCUGCAUUGUGUUCUUACUUUGAUUGUCCUGAAAUAUGAGUAAAUAAGAGUUAAACUUUUUGGAAAGAGGCCGUGGUAUAAGACGGAUAAUGCACUCAGACGGUGCGAUUAUGAAAAAUAACGCACUGUGUGAAGACAAACCCACUUUAAAAUCUGCUUAUUUCUUUAUUUUGAAUUAACCAAACAGCUUUGGCAUCGUGUCCUCAGUUUGAUUGUCCUGAAAUAUGAGUAAAUAAGAGUUAAACUUUUGGAAAGAGGCCGUGGUAUAAGACGGAUAAUGCACUCAGACGGUGCGAUUAUGAAAAAUAACGCACCGUGUGAAGACAAACCUCUGGCAGAUCUCAUCUCUAAAUUGCCCGUAGGUGUCUAUGAGAGUGUGAAUGGUUGUCUGUGAUGGUCUGGAGACCUGUCCAGGUGUACCCGCCUCUGGGCCAAUGCCGCCACCCGAGGAGGGUAAUGAAUGAAUGAAUCUCUGUCGUAGAGUUCUCAUUUUAUUGAGUUUGCUUGAAAAAGCACACUGUAUGUUAUUCAUCAGGCUUAUUCUUAUUCUUCUGUUUCUUCCAUGGUAUCAAAUGGACCGGCUCGCCCACGACAAGUGUGCUGUGACUUUUCUAAGGGUUUCACCAAACGGUUUUCAAAUAUUUCGGCAAAAACACGUCAAAAAAAUCCCCCAUGUUACCCUAUGGAGAGGCUAGAGAGGAUGACAUCAUCGCUAGAGUGCAGAGGCAGAGAAAAAUGUGUCGAACUGCACUCGAGGCCUCAGAUACCACUCUACAGGAAUAAUUUAUAGAUAUAAAGGUAGUAAAAUGUGUCUUCUCCCUCACAUUGGUGUGGUAAAGCUGUCAGAGUUCUAGUUUGGGCAUAAAUAGUUCAAAUUGUAAUCUAAUGUAUGCGUAGAGUCACGGGCCAGAGUCAAGCACACUCAACAUUACUUUAGAAAUGUUCUAGUUUACAUUUAUUGUUUUAAAUGUCCUGAAAUAUGAGUAAACAAGACUUUAAUCUUUGGUUAAGUGGUCGUGGUAUAAGACAGAUAACACACUCAGACUGGUGCGGUUAUGAGAAAUAUAUGUGAAAAUCUGUAUCUUGCAUUAUUUUUGAAUUAACCACACAGCUCCUGCAUAGUUCACUCAGUUUAUUUACAUUUCUGUACUUGUGUUUAUUGCCCUGAAAUAAUAGAAAUAAUAAUAAUCUUUGCCAAGUGGUUGUGGUAUAAGACAGAUAAUGCACUCUGAUCUGUGCGGUUAUGAAAAAUAACGCACGGUUUGAAGAUAAACGUAUAGAAUCUGCAUCCUGCAGGAUUUUUGAAUAGGAGUUGGUUUAUAAACACUGAAUGAUCUGAAAAAUCACUUUUUUUGUGUGUGUUUUGGAUAUUUUUCAUGUUCACUGAUAUGUAAUUUUAGGUUGAAUUAUGAGAACACGCUCCUUGAUAAUCAUCUCGACUUUUCUCAACAUUUUGUCUCAGAAUUAUCAAGUUUUAUCAUAUUUACUUAGUCAAAUCUGACUUUUUUUUUCAAUUCUACCAUGAAAACUUAAAUCUUCAGCUCAGUUUCUGGUUCCAACAUGAAAAGUUUUACAUUUUUAAAAUUAUAUUGUGACACAUUUUCUCAUUUUUAUCUCAUUACACACAAAAGGAAUACAUCUCGUUAAAACAAAAACAUUCUCUACAUGUUAAAAUGUGAUGAAAAAGAUGUUUUAAUGAGAUUAUUUCGAUUUUUUUAUGUCAUUUCGAGCCACUUUAUGUGAUAUAAUUGGUAUAAAUUACGUUAUAUUCGUAAAUAAUUCUUGAGAAAUCAUCAUAAUAACAUAAUAAUAUCUUCAUGUUCUGACAGAAACGGAGCUUUUUGAGCUUUUUUUCUGCUUCUGGUGGUUCUGACUGAUUGUUUUUCGGGGCCGGAGGAGACUUUUUUCCCUCCUGGUGUUUAUUUCGACAACAAACAGCAAUAUUUGUAUCCCCUGAAUCUCAGGAAGCCUCUGGAGAGAAACUCUGGACGCUACGAGCGGACACACAUUUGUACAUUGGGCCUUGUUGGUUUUUCGAGGCCUUUAACUUCUUUUUCUUCUUCUUAUCUUCUUCUUCUACUUCUUGGCCAUGGGGUUGAUUAUUAACCCUUUGUGUAAACCACCUGCAUGUCUUUUUAUGCCACAUGCUUCAGCCAUAGAGCCUGUGACGCUGACUCACUCUCACUGUGUCGUUUUCUAUUUCUUUCUUUCUUUCUUUCUUUCUUUCUUUCUUUCUCUGGAAGCUUCAGACGAUGGAUGCAACUCUCGAUGCACUACUCUAUCCUGUCUUUUAUAAAUAUGAUAUGCUUCUUUUUGAAUAUUAGAUUGUUUUUCAUAAGUAAGAGUACACUGGCCGCGCACUAUUUUCCUAUAAUAAUAAUAAUAAUAAUGAUAAUGAUGAUGCUAAUAAUGCUAAUAAUAAGGUGUGUUUCUACACUGUCCAUAAUGAGUUCAUCACCUGGUGGUCGUCUCGUCCCGUUCUGUUCUGUGAAGUGAUGCUUUUGCAUAAGUUUGGAAAUUUGAUGUUUUGUUCUUGUAAGGAUUAAAAAAAAUGUGAUUUUUGAA